AUGUCAGUGUCAGGAGAUUUGAAUGUAAAUAUUAUGUUUCAUGUUCACUUAACCAUUUGUUUUAAUAAUUGAAACAGUAAUGAUUAGAUAUCGCGAUUUUAAAGAAUUUCAUGACAAAACAAAGUCUACCUCUUUUAAUUAGUUAAGAAUAUUUAAUAUGGAUAUGCUGGAACCAGGUAAACGAAUAAGUUUAAAGCGCGCACGUCCUAACCCUCUGUUUCAAAGCUGGAUAGAGGAACUGCAAGAAGAAGCUAUUCAGAAGAAAAGUAAACUUGAAAAUAAGUUAUCAGUGGCUUUGACUUCUCUUUCUAAAUAUCCUUUACCAUUACAAACAGGAGCUGAAUGUGCUAUCCUUAAAGGUUUCGACAAGCGAUUAUGUAUGUUCUUAAACAAAAAACUACAAAUAUAUAACACAUUCAAAGGUAUAUCUUUAAGUUCUAUUGACCGGAUAAGUAAAGAAAAUAGAAUAAGCCCUAUUUUAGAUAGACUAGAUUCAAAAACAAAUUCUUAUAGCACAGAAGAAUGUGAUGUAGAAAUAAUUGACGUUGCACCAAAAUCUAGUAGCCAAGUAAGUAGCAGUCCACAGAAGUCAGAAAGUCCUACUAAAACUAAAACUUAUUGUGACACAAUUUAUAAGCCACCAUAUGGAUCUGGAGGAUAUGCUAUCCUACUGGCUUUACUCAAACAGUCUAACAAUGAAAAAAAGGAACUGGACAAGGAAACCUUGAUUGAGCAUGCUGAAAAAUAUUGCAGUACAUCAUUUACUAUCAAAAAGGCAAACACAUUCUAUACAGCUUGGUCUAGUAUGGGCAAAUUGAUAACAAAAGGCUUAGUCAAAAGAAGCAAAAGUGGCAAUAAAACUAUAUAUUCUUUAACAGCUGAAGGUUGUUCAAUAGCAAGAGAUUUAUCCAAAAAUGUUCCAAAAACAUCAAUUGCCGAAGAUAUAAUUUAUGUAAAUACAAGUCCUAAAAAUACCAUACACAAUGAGAUUAAUAAUUCAAAAGAUCACUUGGUAGAAGAAGCUUCUACAAAUAGUCAAACAUCUUCGGUACAAUAUUCACAGAUUGUUUGCAUAGAAUUGGCAGCAAAUUCAUUUGAUAUCAUUUUACUUAUAGAUAAACAGGAGACAAGUGGAUUAAACAAUAAAAAUGAUCCUACAGUUGCACAAUUUAAAAAGUACACUAAUAUAUGUCAUGAAUACAGGUCACUAAAAGUUGGUGACUAUACUUGGAUAGCUAAACAUCAAACUACUGAAGAGGAAUUAGUUCUACCUUUUAUUGUGGAAAGAAAGAGGUUAGAUGAUUUAGCAGCCAGUAUUAAAGAUGGCAGGUUUCAUGAACAAAAGUUUAGAUUAAGACGUUGUGGUAUAGAAAAUGUUAUAUAUUUAAUUGAAAAUUAUGGAGGCAAAAAGAAUGUUGGGUUGCCUGUACAGUCUUUAAUGCAGGCAUUAGCAAAUACAAGAGUUAAUGAUGUUUUUAAAGUUCAUAUAACAAAAUCUUUGAUUCAUACAGCAAGAUUUCUGGCAAUAAUGACAAAAAGAUUGGCUUUCAGAUUUCAGAAUAAAAACUUAAAAGGAUGGAAUGCUGCACCUGAGGGUACAACAUUAAUGACAUUUGAUUAUUUUAAUAAAAGUACAGUUAAAAAUAAACCUUUAACUGUUACUGAGACAUUUAUUAAAAUACUACUUCAGUUAAAAGGAGUUUCUGUUGAAAAAGCUUUAGCAAUAACCAGCAAAUAUACAACUCCUCAUUCCCUUAUAAGUGCUUAUAAAAUCUGUAGUCAAAAAGAAGGCGAAUUUUUACUUGCAAAUUUAAAACACGGAGAAUUAAGUAGAAAUGUCGGGCCUACUGUAAGUAAGACAAUAUAUCAACUUUUUUCAAGAACUAUUUAGGAAUGUGAUAGAUUAUUUUGGACCAUGAAAACUUGAUGUACCGACCAUGUAAAGGGGGAUGAGAACAUGGAGAUAAUGUAUUUAGCUCAAGAAUGUUUAUUUACCAUCAAAAAUGUUUCGAGCAAUAUAUAUUCUGAUAAUUAUAUUUUUUUACAUUUCAUGAUAAAAACAAAACAGUACCUACAUGAUUUGUGAUGAAUAAA